CCCCCCUCCCCCUCCUCCCCGGCCGCUCACCCGGAUUCCCCUCCUCCUCCUCCGCCAGCUCACCCUCCUCCUCUGCCGCCCGCUCUCCCGGAUUCCCCCCUGGCCCGCUCUCCCUCCUCCCCGCUCUAGGCCUCAGUGAGACCGCGGGAUGGCGGCGGCCGCGCCUCGGCCUGUGCUGCGUGUGCUCCGGCUGGGGCUGGUACCGUACCCCGAGGCUGUGCGGGCCCAGCAGCGCCUCGUGCGUGAGGUGCGGGAAGCGGGCGGGCCAGGCACGCUGCUGCUGUGCGAGCACCCGGCCGUCUACACGGUGGGGAUCCGGCAGGACCGGUACCCGGCGGCGGAGGAGGCCAGGCUCCGGGCCCUGGGGGCGGACUUCCAGCGCACCGACCGCGGCGGCCUCAUCACCUUCCACGGGCCCGGCCAGCUGCUGUGCUACCCGGUGUUGGAGCUCGGCCGCCUGCGCCGCACCCUACGCCGCUAUGUGUACGGGCUGGAGGCCGCGGCUAUAGGCCUGUGCCGGAGCCUGGGGGUGGAGGCGGCUCGGGCGCCGGAGACUGGAGUCUGGGUGCGGGACAGGAAGAUCUGCGCCAUCGGGGUCCACUGCUCCAGACACGUAACGUCCCACGGGCUGGCUCUGAACUGUAACACAGACCUGACUUGGUUUGACCACGUAGUUCCGUGCGGAAUCCCGGACAAAGGUGUCACUUCCCUGACGGCAGAAUUGGGAAGAGAGGUCACCGUGGAAGAGGUCAUCCCACCGUUCCUGGACGCCUUUCAGGAGGAAUUUAAAUGCACUUUAGAUUUCCACGAUAAGCAAGGACAGGCAGACGCUGCGUUACAAUGAUCAUUGUAUGCAAUAAAAAUAGGGACUCUACGUA